AUGGCCAGCAAGGAAGCCGGGCAGGCAUUCGCGCCGGUCCUGGCGGCUGUCGCGACAAUGCAGGGGAAUGUGUCUCGGUCUGAGAAGACUCAGGCUCACGAAUUCCUUGAGAAGUUCCAGAAAUCGAUCGAGGCUUGGACUACUACCCACGCUCUAUUACAGGCACCCGACGUACCAGUUGAAGCCAAGUUGUUCGCCGCAACUACACUGAAGGGAAAAAUUAUCUUUGAUCUCGAUCAACUUCCCCCCGAUUCGGUACUGGCACUGCGAGACUCUGUCUUGAACCUCCUAGUCGCAUUUGCGCCGGGCCCGCGCCCCAUCCAGACCCAGCUAUGUGUUUGUUUGGUCAGUCUGGCGAUCCAGAUGACCGCAUGGAAAGACGUUCUUGCGACUGUCGGUGCUGCUUUAGGAAACAACGCCGGAGACUGUGUACUUGAGUUCUUGAAGAUCUUGCCCGAGGAAGUCACUGAGGGGCGCAAGAUCAACCUCAGCGAAGAACUACUCGAGAGAACCGUGGAACUUCUUGAAGGCAAUGCAGAGCAAGUCCUACAACUGCUGAUCCAGUACUCGCAGUCGUCGCCCGCGGCCGCAACCAACCCCCGUCUUAUCGACUGUAUCACAUCGUGGCUCCGUGAGAUCCCCGCGGGCAGGAUUGUUGAGUCACCCCUCAUGGAUGUCAUCAUCAAGGCCUUGGACGACGAUGCUUCCUUCGAUGCCGCUGUGGACUGUGUCUGCACUCUUUACCGCGAUACUAAGGAUGUAGACGAGUCAGUACCAACCAUUCAAGCGCUUUACCCGCGACUCAUGGCUCUUCGACCCAAGAUUGCCGAGACCGCGGAAGCCGAGGAUCUGGAGGCCUUCAAGGGAAUCACAAGAAUAUUUGCCGAAGCUGGUGAGGCUUGGGUUGUCCUUGUUGCACGUCUGCCAAGUGAAUUCCGAGGCCUCGUCGAGGCUCUCCUCGAAUGCUGUGCGCGCGAUUGGGAGCGCGACGCAGUGUCUUUAACCUUCAUUUUCUGGUUUGAGCUCAAGCAAUAUAUCACCCUGGAGCGGUACAAUGACGCGCGCUUGAACCUUCUACCUAUCUUCUCGCAGUUGGUUGAUAUUAUGGUCAAGCACCUUGAGUUCCCCAGCCCCGAAGAAGGCGAGACUGAUCUCUUUGCUGGAGACCGUGAACAAGAGGAGAAGUUCCGUCAAUUCCGCCACGCCAUGGGUGAUGUUUUGAAGGACUGCUGCGCUGUCGUUGGCGUGAAUGAUUGCCUUGGUAAAAUCUACCAAUUGAUCCAGCAGUGGGUUGCCAAGUAUGCCUCGCAAGCCAGUAAUGAACAUGUUCCUCACUGGCAAGAGCUGGAGGCUCCUCUGUUUGGUCUUCGCGCAAUGGGUCGUAUGGUUGAUCCCGAAGAAAACACCAUCCUCGGACAGUUGAUUCCCCUCAUUGUCCAGAUUCCCGAUCAGGAGAAAGUGCGAUUCCAGGCAAUCAUGGCGCUGGCCCGCUACACCGAGUGGACCGCUCUUCACCCCGAGACCCUGGAAGCACAGCUCAACUAUGUCAUUUCUGGGUUCCAUCACGCCUCUCAAGAAGUUGUACAAGCCUCCGCUCUUGCCUUCAAGUUCUUGGGCACGGAUUGCCAGAAGCUUCUGGGUGGCCACAUUGCCCAGCUUCACACCUUCUUCGAGUCCGUUCUGGACAAGCUGAAGCCCACUAGCCAGGAAGAGGUUGCUGAGGGUGUUGCAGCCGUGGUUUCGGUCCAGCCCCAAGAGAAGAUCUAUGAAUCCUUCAAGAUGUUCUGUGACCCAAUUAUGACCCGUAUCAUGAAUCUCGCCAACAGCGCCCAGACUGAAGAGGGCCAACGCGCUGUGGCUGAUCACUUGCAGCUGAUUACCAUCUUCGUGCAAGUGGUGACACCCAUUGUUCCGCAUGGAGAGGAGAACCCCGCCGUCAAAUACUGUGGGGAGAUUCUUCCCAUUAUGACCACGAUUGUCAUGAACUUUACGUCUUCCACGCCUAUUCUCGAGCGAGUCUGCCGAUGCUGGCGAUACAUGAUUAUCUCUUACCGCACUGGUAUGAUUCCCUUGCUACCGGCUCUGGCCGAGAGUAUCGCGAACGGCUUCCAGGCGUCGCGGGAGGGCUGUUUCUUGUGGGCCACAGAUGCAGUGGUCCGCGAGUUCUCCGACGGUGCUGAAUACGUUGACCAAGCCACCAGCGAUGCCGUGUUCCAAUUCUACGAACAGCAGGCUAUUGCCUUCCUGCGUAUUCUCAACGACCUUCCCCCUGAGAACCUGCCCGACGUGAUUGAAGAUUUCUUCCGUCUGUCCUCUGAUGCCGUUCGCUACUACCCCAAAAAGUGCAUCAGCUCGUCGCUUUCCAUUCCUAUCUUUUCCGCUGCUCUCAGCGCCCUCACCCUUCAACAAGUGGAUCCCCUCAUCGCUACCCUCCAUUAUUAUCGGGAUCUCUUCGGAUUUGCAUUCGAUAAGCCCAUGGUUUCCGAAUUUACCAGCCCUGAAGGCCAGCCCUACAUCACCCCGCCUGAGGUUCGCGAGGCUGUGAAGGCGCUGAUCAUCUCCCAAGGUCAGCCCUUGGCGCAGCGCGUUUUGACCGGCAUGAUGUUCACUUUCCCUGGUGAUUGUUUCCCAGAUGCGUCUGGGAUCAUCAUGACCAUGUUCCAACUCUUCCCUCAACAAACCGGUGUGUGGCUGCAAAGCACUUUGCAGAUGCUUCCCGCCGGCUCUAUGAAGCAAGGCGAGGCCGAGCGUCUGCUCAAGAAUGUCUCUGACAAAGUACAAUCCGGCGAAACCCGCAAAAUCCGUGUUCUCCUGCAAGACUUCACCAACUCCUACCGUCGUCGCAACGUGGCACCUCGGGAUGGACUCGGUCGACUGGAGGCCACGCGAUUCCGAUUCAGCGGCUGA